ACUACUCUGGGGACGGAUCUUUUUGAGUGCUGAUGGAAGAGCGUGGGAAGUAAGAGAACUGUAUCUCACAGUACUCGGAUCCCAAGGCUGGGCUUUCCCUGCACUCUCUCUCCGCUCUGAAAUCAACUGACAGAGUGUUGAAGUAAUCAGAGCAGACCCGGCACUGCCUAGAGCCUCGUCUCUCAAAACCAUUCUGAGAGCCUGCCGUUGGGUUUCCAGCCUCACUGUUCUCUGAAUCAACUCAUUCACAGUUCUUGGACAUUCUGGACUCAAGGAGCAAAGACAUGACACAGGCUGAAUCCAGAACUGGAGACAUCAGAGGAAAAGUUUUAGUCCAGAGUCUGGAUCUGUCACAUUUUUAACAGGGGCAGUUAAGGAGUGGGAAAAUGCUGGGCUGGGCACUAUGACCGUCUGCGUGGUGCCCGUGGAAUGUGCUGUGCUCAGCCACACAUCCACCGUGAGCCCCUCUCACCCACUACCUGGACGUCACACAUUUUCAGCUUGAGGAAAUCGCUUCAGAACUGCAUGACACACCAUAGCACACCAGUGAAAGGGUGAGUAAAGGUUUUUGUUUGUUCUGAGAUGAAUGAAACAGAAUGCACUCUCACAAUGCACUUUUCUUGAUCAAUUCAUGAGAUUCAUCACCCUUUAAAGGACAACAAAAGAUAGGAGUAAUGUUCAUUCCCUUUCUAAUUUCCAAGCUGUCAAAUGGUUUGCAUAGAUAAGAAAAAAAAUCAAUGAAUUCAGACAAAACAGUCCAGAUAAUUGGCUAAAUUUCUACCUUACAGCGGUUAUGUGCUGUUUUUAUGCAUUCUUGGAACAGCAACAUCCAUGCCAAAGGGUGUUUCUGCAGAGGUGAAGUCAAAAAACAAUUAGCCUUUUAACAUCGCUUCAAAGUCACUUCCCCCUCCAAAACACUUACUGGUUGAGGGUGCACUAAAACAUAAACAUCCCAAAUGAGGAUAGGGCAGGAAAAAAUUGCAGUCACCAGACCCCGUGCCUCAUCUGUCAGACCGUCACGCUCGUUCACUUCUCAUUCUGUUUUUAUCGCAGCCUUGCGGAGCCAGUGCGGAGGAAUUAUCUGCUGUCAGGUCCUGCGCCGGGCUGAUAGGGAAACGCAAGGUGAGAGGGACGGCCGCAGGGGGAAGAGACCGAUGAUGCCGUCUUCCACCAUGCAAAUGUUUGCCUUCAUUCUGGCGGUACUGGGAGUCGUGAGUGCCACAGUGGCCACACUGCUACCCAACUGGAAAGUGAGUGCAGAUGUGGGCCACAACAUCAUGACUGCCAUCUCGCAGAUGCAGGGACUGUGGAUGGACUGCACCUGGUACAGCACCGGAGUCUUCAGCUGCUCGCUUAAGUACUCUGUGCUGGCGUUGCCGGCUUAUCUCCAGACUGCACGUACCACUAUGGUGCUUUCCUGCAUGGUGGCGACAAUGGGACUCUGUCUGGCCGCCCUAGGGUUGAAAUGUACUCGCUGGGGUGGCAGUUAUCGCUCUAAGGGACAUACAGCGAUUUCUGCAGGGGCUUGCUUCGUCAUAGCAGGGGUCCUGUGUCUGGUGCCUGCAUCCUGGUUCACCAAUGAGGUCAUCACUACGUUUAUGGACUCCAAAGUGCCCAAAAGCAGCAAGUAUGAGCCAGGCGCAGCGGUGUAUGUGGCAUUUCUGUCGGCAGGAUUCCUUUUAGCUGCAGGCGUAAUCUUUUGCUUAUCGUGUCCUGGUAGAAGAGGCGGUCCAUUGGAUUCAGGCUCGUCCCACCCCGACAAGCCAAAGCAGCAGAAGCUGCGCCAAGAGCAGCCGACCCACGACCAACAAAAACAGCAGCUCCGCGAACAGCAGAGUCAGACUGAACCGCCAGAACAAGAGCAGUCGCAUCAAGAGAAACUACACCAGGAAAAGCUACAAGCAGACAAUCGUCAGCAAGAGAAGUCGGUGCCGGACAGGUUGAACCUGGAGAAUGACAAGCAGUACCAGUCUCCAUCCCGAGCCCGAAAUCAAGAUGCCAAGGCCGUCUAUAGUCUGCACGACUACGUGUAAACAACAGUCAUCAACUCCAGGAGCAUUCAGGAUUUUCUUGCUUAUAAGCCUUUCUUAGUGAGUGGCAAAAAGAGGAGGGAAAAGCAGUGGAGCAGCAGGAGGAAUAAUUACUUUUAUGCCGUUAUCAACCCUUCUGAUCUGUGCGUUUGCUUACAGCAAGCGAGGCAUUGGAGCUAUUUCCCAAAGCCCCGGAACAAAGUAAGGAUUGUGAAUCCUCGGGGUUCAUGGUUUUCAUUGUGACUACAAGUACAGGGGGGGGGGGGGGGGUCAAAUGUUGAAGCAUCAUAAAAAUUCAACAAAAGCAA